UUGUCGAAUAAUGCUUAAUAUCUUUCACUGGAAUGGAUGCUUUAUAUGUUCCAUAUGGUUUCAGCUCCUCCUCACUUUCCAGGGCUUUCCUAAUAGUAUAUGCAAAAUAAAUAACAUUGGCACUAAAGUAUCUACUUGUUUCAGACAAUUCUGAAUAAGAAACUGCAAAACUUAAUAAGAUAAGACAUUUUUUGUGCGAUGAAAUAAUCAUAAGUAAAAAAUUACCAGUAAUACAAAGUUGACUCCUUUACUGUAAUUGAGAGUUUGCAUAUCACUGACUAAUCAGCCCAGCUCCCACACUUCAGAAGUGUUCGGUGAAGUCCCAGUAUUUUCAACUAACUAAUUAACUAGAUGGCUUACGGAACCCAAAGGUUCAUCACUGAAUUAACCAAAGCCCUCCACCAGAACCACCAGAUGUGUAGUGUGUGAUAUGACAUAGUGGCCUUUGUAAUUCUGAAAUAGUUUUCGAAGACAUUAUAUAUCAGGUAGCUGACUGAUUGAUUUCCAUGGCAAAAGUGCAGGUAAUGAAUGUGGUUGUGCUAGACAACCCAUCAGCAUUCCUGAAUCCAUUCCAAUUUGAAAUCACUUUUGAAUGUUUGGAAGAUCUGCAGGAAGAUUUGGAAUGGCGUAUCAUUUAUGUAGGCUCAGCAGAAAGUGAAGCAUUUGAUCAGGUGUUGGACACUGUUUAUGUCGGACCAGUUCCCCAAGGACGGCACAUGUUUGUGUUCCAAGCCGAUCCACCCGACCCUGCUAAGAUUCCAAUUGCUGAUGUAGUUGGAGUCACUGUUGUUCUGCUCACUUGUUCUUAUAGGGGCCAGGAGUUUAUUCGUGUAGGUUACUACGUGAAUAAUGACUAUGGUGAUCCAGAAUUGCGGGAGACGCAGCCCCCUUCUGCUCCACAGUUUGACAAACUGCAGCGAAACAUUCUAGCCACCAAUCCAAGAGUCACACGAUUCAAGGUGGAUUGGGAUGACAAUCCAAACAAACAUAACAAAAUCUCCUCCUCAUCCAGUCAACUGGAUGUCAGUACAACAAGCAUGGAUGAGCCAAUCAAAGCCAACCUUUUGAAUUCUUCGACCAAUGACAGUAUUGUCAGUAUGGAGUUGUAAAUAUGCUGAUCUUUUAAUAAAGUUUCUUCUUGAAACAGUCA